AUGGCGACCCUUAGCGGAAUUCGUGCGCUUAGCCGGGCCCUGGUGGUGCCCCCGAGCCUCGGGGCCUGGAGGGGCCUAAUCACCACGGCCGCUGCCCGAGCGACCCCGCCGAGCGCGGUGGAUGAUGUGAAGGUGGAGGGUGCAUUCCCCGUCACCAUGCUGCCUGGUGACGGUGUGGGGCCUGAGCUCAUGCAUGCUGUCAAAGAAGUCUUCAAGGCGGCCAAUGUCCCUGUGGAGUUUCAGGAGCAUCACCUGAGUGAGGUGCAGAACAUGGCCUCAGAAGAGAAAUUGGAGCAGGUGCUGAGCUCCAUGAAGGAAAACAAGGUUGCUAUCAUUGGAAAAAUUCACACCCCAAUGGACACAGAGUACAAGGGGGACUUGGCCUCUUAUGACAUGCGGCUCAGGCGUAAGCUGGACCUGUUUGCCAAAGUUGUCCAUGUCAAGAGCCUCCCGGGGUACAAAACUCGACACAACAACCUGGACUUGGUGAUCAUCCGGGAGCAGACUGAGGGAGAAUACAGCUCCCUGGAGCACGAGAGUGCCAGGGGUGUGAUUGAAUGUUUGAAGAUUGUCACUCGUGCCAAGUCCCAGCGAAUUGCCAAGUUCGCUUUUGACUAUGCCACGAAGAAGGGUCGAGGGAAGGUCACGGCUGUGCACAAGGCCAACAUUAUGAAGCUGGGCGAUGGCCUCUUUCUGCAGUGCUGUGAGGAGGUGGCUGAGCUGUACCCCAAGAUCAAGUUUGAGACCAUGAUCAUAGACAACUGUUGUAUGCAGCUGGUGCAGAAUCCAUACCAAUUCGAUGUGCUCGUGAUGCCCAAUCUCUAUGGAAACAUCAUUGACAACCUGGCGGCGGGUCUGGUGGGAGGUGCAGGUGUGGUUCCUGGUGAGAGCUACAGUGCUGAAUAUGCCGUUUUUGAAACAGGUGCAAGGCACCCGUUUGCCCAGGCUGUAGGCAGGAACAUUGCCAACCCAACCGCCAUGCUGCUGUCUGCCAGCAAUAUGCUGAGGCACCUCAACUUGGAAUAUCACUCCAACAUGAUUGCUGAGGCUGUGAAGAAGGUGAUCAAAGUUGGCAAAGUUCGUACCCCGGACAUGGGCGGCUAUGCCACCUGCCGGGAUCUCACCCAGGCCAUCAUUAGUAGUCUACCUAACCCACAAGCUUCCUGACAAAUCUGGGAGAAGAAAUAAAUUAAGCCAAG